CACGGCAUUGCAAGUAGUAGACAUAUCAUUUUAUCCCAAAACCUAUAGAAUAACGUUCACACUAACCAAAUAUUAAAAUGGUUGAUCGCGAGCAGCUGGUGCAGAAAGCCAGGCUGGCUGAACAGGCUGAAAGAUAUGAUGACAUGGCAGCUGCCAUGAAAUCGGUAACAGAGCUGAAUGAGGCCCUAUCUAACGAGGAGAGGAACCUCCUGUCUGUGGCCUAUAAGAAUGUGGUGGGGGCCCGCCGUUCCUCUUGGAGGGUGAUCUCUAGCAUCGAGCAGAAGACCUCUGCAGAUGGAAAUGAGAAAAAGAUUGAAAUGGUUCGGGCCUACAGAGAGAAGAUUGAGAAGGAGCUGGAGGCUGUGUGUCAGGACGUGCUCAACCUGCUGGAUAACUACCUGAUCAAGAACUGCAACGAGACGCAGCACGAGAGCAAGGUGUUUUACCUGAAGAUGAAGGGCGACUACUACCGCUACCUGGCCGAGGUGGCCACGGGCGAGAAGAGGGCCACCGUCAUCGAGUCAUCAGAGAAGGCUUACAACGAGGCCCAUGAGAUCAGCAAAGAGCACAUGCAGCCCACCCACCCUAUCCGCCUCGGCUUGGCUCUCAACUACUCUGUGUUUUACUACGAGAUCCAGAAUGCCCCUGAGCAGGCCUGCCAUCUGGCCAAGACCGCCUUCGAUGACGCUAUUGCUGAGCUGGACACCCUGAACGAGGACUCCUACAAAGACUCAACUCUCAUCAUGCAGCUGCUCCGAGACAACUUAACACUGUGGACAAGUGACCAGCAGGAUGAUGAGGGAGGGGAGGGCAACAAAGAUUAAUAAACCACACUUAGAAAAAAAUAUAUAACGAAGGGCCAGUGGGCUUUGGUAGCCGCUUUUGCUGAUGAUUGUACCGCAGCAGCAGUUCUUUAUUUUUCCAUGUGUUAAAAGAAAAGAAUCAAAAGAAAGGUGAGAGGGGAGGUUACAUCUUAGUUUAAUAUAUAUAGAAAUAUAUAUGAAUGGUUGAAAGGGCUGCCAUCUUCUUGAUUUUGUCUUUGACAUUUGCCAAAACCACUGAAAUGUCAGUCAAUCCGCCUGAAGUGGUCGUUGUUGGAUUGGUUUGGCAGCCUCACACUGGCAUAGGGACUGGUGUCGUACCAAGGGAAGCUGCUUAGUUAGGUUUAUGCAUGAUAGAGAUGCAGACACUUGAGGAAGGGGGGAAAAAACACUUGAGUGAGAGUGCCUCACAAAAAUAGCUUGCAAUGGUUCCAGUACUAGUUUAAAGGCCAACUCGGCCACUUUUCAACCUCAUAUUCAUUAUCUCCAGCACCAAACCAGUGUCCACAUAUGUGAAACAGCGUAUUUCUAUGAUCUGUGGUCCUACAAAAGGUCCUACAAAAUGCUUCUCUGUGACAUCACGAGUUUCUAGCCAUUAUGAUAUAUAAUAUCACUCACUCUUGAAGGGAGUGCAGGAAAGCUAAAAGUAUUAAUCUGACCAAAUCAUCUAGAAAAAGUACAAUGCAGAUGUUUUGUAAAGGUUAGAUGUUUAUUGUAAAGUUAAUGCCAACGAUGGUAAUGAGGUAAGGAGAAAAUACUGUUAUCAAUUUCCUCUUUCACAUGACUUUUAGUUUUAGGUCAAUUUGGCAUUAAAUCCAUUGUGACUGUCCUCUGACUGCUCUAAAUAUGAUACUGGAACCAAAGCUUAACCUCCAAUAGAGUCUAUCUAAAGGCAGAGACAGUUUAAAACAGAAACAUGAUCUUAAAGCAGCUGCAGAGUUUGUGGUUUACUUCUGUGUUUGUUUUAUUAAAUGCACUUGCCUACUAUACUGUUUCUUCAGUGUAAGAUGAUUACUACAAUAAUAUCGAUUAUUCAGUAUUGUGCAUGCUGGUGAUGUAUUGAAACAUACAGUAGCUUGACUUUAUUAACUUAUACUGUGGGUGUUAAGUAUUCAUAUGAUUGCGAAAACAUAGGCUUUGUCUGAUUAUUUCUUAUUUAUAACUUAUUCUUAUUUUGUUUAUAUUUGCUAUACCAAAAUGGUGAUCGUAAAAAAUGUAUAUGUUAUGAGCAUUGCUUUAGUGGCAUGCAAUAUGUGUAUUUCAUUUGUUAAUGGAAGAAAAAAAGUGGGGAAAAACAUACCAGUGAUUGCUUAAUCUUACCAGCUGGUGUUUGUAACGUUAAAUUAUAAUAAUGGCUUUGUCACAUUAAAUUAUAAUAAUGGCAUUGUAAAACAAAUACUUUGUUCUUUGAACUAUAUUUGAGUACUUAUUUUGUCAUGUUAUUAACCAGUUUGAACAAUGGUGAAGUUUUCAGAAUCAGUGUUUCUGUUAUGAAUUCACAACAUGGACCACAAUUUAUUUCUGACAGUAUACAUUUUUUGUUUGUUUUUAUACCUUUUAACUGUUCCUGAGUGACAAAUAUCUUGAAUGUGAGUCAUUAUGUAGCAGUUGCACAAGAAACGAGAUAACUAUGAUAAUAAAAAAAGAAUAUGACAAAAUGA